AUGCUUGCCUUGGCCCACACCUCGACCUCCAGCUCCUACUCGGCUGCCGGGCUCGCGGAUGCACUCGGGCCACAAGCCGGCACAGAGAUCGUCGAUGCUCUUAUCCUGCGCGACGCUUAUGUAGCAUCGAUCAAUGUCACGACACCCUGGAACCAUCCGUACGCCAGUGUCUUGGAUGCGAUGACUUUGCAAUUCUGGGCGAACGAGACAUUUGCCUCUGAUACGGUCAACACAGUUCUCAACCUUUCUAUCCCUGCCAUCUUCUCCGCAGAGGCUGGCGAGCUAUCGUUCUUGUAUACUUUGGCCUACAUAGCAGCUGCUGGGAACGCCACCACUCCAGGUGCGUUUGAGUGCUUGAUUAGUACGGCCAGUGAUAGCCAGGAGUCAAGAAUCCUCGGUGGGACUGGACUGCUUGCUGAAGGACUGGCGAAGCGCAUCGGACUGCAGCAUGUCAAACUCAACACUCCUGUGCUCUCAAUCACCCAGCGCUCAACAGACGACUAUCUCAUCUCAUCUGACACCUCCACCUUCGAAAGCCUCACAGGCCAAGCCGUCUCCUCCACAGGCUACGUCCGCACAACCUUCGACGUCUCCCCCGAAGAUGCCAGCUACGGUCCAAUCCUAGGCUUCAUCGAAGCAGAUCAGAUGCGUGCACUUGAUUCCGCGACCGGGGGGAAACGUAAGAGCUCAUCACGAAAGACCUUGUACGGUACUUCGGUCCUCAGGCGGCGAGCGCGACGGAGUGGGUCUUCAAGCGAUGGGCUAACGAGGUCUUCUCUCGUGGUGGCCCAGUGGCUGUUGCAGGGCCCGGAACGCUGA